AUAAUAAACGAAGGCAGUCAGAAAAAAAACCUGAACGUGAGAAGAACAACAGGCGGGAAACAACACCGACGACGACGACAAGUAAAGCCUCGGCAAAGUUAAACGCGUAACGAAGGAAACGGAAAGAAACAUUUUUCGAGUGUUUCGAUUGUGUGUGUGUAUGAAAGUUUUCUCAAGUGGAAGGUUGUCAAUUAACGUAAUAGAAACCCCCUAAGAAAAGAGAGACAGAGAGAGGGAGGAUAGAGAACCAUUAGAAAUAAUAGGAUUUAUUAGCAACCACUUAACAUUUGUUCAAAAAAUAAAAACAAAAUAACGGUCAACAUUUCACAAAGUGUGCCCAUAGGAGAGCAGGAGAAGAAGCAUCAUGACAGUUGGACCAUUGAGAAUUGCAUUAGUUUUGGCAAUUUUGUGCAUACAAACAAUUUGGACAAUCCAUAUCGGCGGCAGUGUUCCAGAAUAUACGAACAGAAAUGAAUUCGUGGAUACCCUAGAAAUGAAACAGCGACACAAAUCCCCUGAAAAUCCCUUAUUAAGGCAACAAAGUAGUGUUAAAUAUCACACAAACUUUAAUGGAACUAAGGCUACCACCACCGCCACCGUCACCACCGGCGAUGACUAUGGCACCACUGCCGGUGCCAAAACCCAUACUCAUAGCCAAAUAAAUGCAAUGCAUGCAAAAACCAGUCGUCUACGACAUCAUACAUCAUACGAUAAAAACGAUGACGUCGUAACCACCAGUGGCGUUGGAAGCGGCAGCCGUAGCAUCAGCAUACAUAACAAUGAAAACACAAUUGAGAACAUGGAGCAAGAAACUCUGCUCUCACGCCAGAAACGUGAAUUGUCCGAUUGGCUCAUUGCGCCCAACACACGUUGGUGCGGUCGGGGCAACUUGGCUAAUGGUACCUACAAUACCCUAGGCGGUGCCUCAAUGGCUGACAAGUGCUGUCGUAAACAUGAUCAUUGCAAACUUUUCAUUGCCGCGAUGAGCACUCGUUAUGGUCUCUUCAAUUAUCGCCCAUACACACUGUCGCAUUGUAGCUGUGAUCGCCGUUUUCGCACCUGCCUGAAAAUGGCCAACGAUGAGGAUGCUAAAACAAUUGGACAGCUCUUCUUCAAUAUGGUACAGACUCAAUGUUUUGUGUUGGCCAAGGAACGAGUUUGCCUGGAGCGGGCCACGAAUGGUACCUGUGUACAGGAGCAGAUAAAACAGAAAGCCCACUUAAGGAACAAUAAGAAAUUUUAAGAAUACCAAACAUAUUUUCUGUGGUUCGUUUUUUUUAUUUUUUGUGAACUUGACACAAGUUUGCGGCUGCCGCUGCUGGUUAUGUGUGUGUGUGUUUGGGUUUGUGUUCAUAAUCUGAAAAACACACACCAAUGACCAUGACGAUGCCGAUGUUAAAGAUGCUCUAGAACGUUUACUUUUUGCAAUCAUUUGGCUUGUGUUCUUCAUAAAAAAAUAAAUAAAUAAUGAACAAAUUAGACAUUAGGACAAUACUUAACCUGAUUCACAAAUACUUACACACAUCCAUCAAUGUGUUUUGAUACCAAUGUAGAAUAACAUUGAAGACUGCAUGCCUUUUAUGAGGGCUAUACAUACAUUAAAAUAUUAGUUUUUUAAGUUUAUUUAAGGACCCAUAUUCCCGCAUAGUACAUGGAUUACGUCAAGAAAAAACGUUCUCAAAGAAAUUGCAUCCAAAUUAUGGCCACAACAUAGCUACUUACUUAAAAACAGUUACUAAGAUUAAGUUUUAAUGUAUUAAAUGAAAUAUUUAAAAAUUAAAAUAGUAAAGGCAUUACACAUUUAUUUAAUAUUUAAUAACAAAUGUUAACGAUAAGAAUUCUAUUUAAAAAUUCAUUUUUCAAAAAAUGAAAAGUGUCCACAGUAUAAAGAAAAAAGUGGACAUUGAUCUUGAUAAUGAAAUGGAAGUAAACCAAAAGAACAUCAACUAAAACAACGAAUUUAAAUCUAACAGCAACAAUAAUAAUAAUAUAAAAAUCUUUCCCCGUAGUGCUCUCAAUUUUUUUGUUUGUCGAAGUUAAAUAUUCUAACAAAAAAAAAAAACAAAUAGAAUUAAAUGUGUGUGUAUUAAACAUGUAGUUCAAAGUUUAAAUAUAUUUAGUAGCCAUAAUUAAGAUUAUUAUAAAAUGUUAAAAGAUUUGAAAUGUUUCUAUUUUUUUAACAGUUUCUAGCUAUUAGACAUAUCAUUAUAUUAUUAUUAUUAAUUAGAAUUCAGAUUAUUAUGUACCAAGAGAAGCCACUUAAGUAGAUUACAAACACUAUAAAUAUAAUUGAAAUCAAAAUAAAAAAAUAUUUAUUUAAAACUAAAAAUA